AUGAGCACAAUCCAGAUCCAGAUCAGAGAGAUAAAGUUUUGUUUUGUUAAACUUAUCUCUUUUUCUCCACAGUAUACUUUCUGGAAUUUUAUACCGAAGAAUCUCUUUGAGCAGUUCAGAAGAAUCGCCAAUUUCUAUUUUCUGAUCAUCUUUCUAGUGCAGCUGAUCAUUGACACACCUACCAGUCCUAUGACCAGCGGUCUGCCUCUUUUCUUUGUCAUCACUGUCACAGCCAUUAAACAGGGCUAUGAGGACUGGAUCAGGCACAAAGCGGACAACGCUGUAAACCAGUGUCCAGUCCACGUCACCCAGCAUGGCAAAGUCGUACGCAAACAGAGUCAAAAGCUACGGGUGGGUGAUAUUGUCCAGGUGAAGGAGGAUGAGACGUUUCCAUGUGACCUCAUACUGCUCUCCACCAGUAGAGAAGAUGGAACAUGUUUUGUCACAACAGCCAGCUUAGAUGGAGAGUCCAGCCAUAAGACCUAUUAUGCAGUUCAGGACACAAAGGCAUUCAACACAGCAGAGGAGGUGGACACACUGCACUCUACGAUAGAAUGUGAACAACCCCAGCCAGACCUCUACAAAUUUGUGGGACGCAUCAAUAUUUAUUUGGAUCGAGACGAGCCCAUCGCGAGACCCCUGGGUUCUGAGAACCUGCUGCUGCGUGGAGCCACACUGAAAAACACUGAAUACAUACAUGCUGUGGUCAUCUAUACGGGCAUGGAAACCAAGAUGGCCCUCAACUACCAGUCCAAGUCUCAGAAACGCUCCGCUGUUGAAAAGUCUAUGAACGCCUACCUGAUCGUGUACCUCUGCAUUCUGAUCAGUAAAGCUCUGAUCAAUACUGUCCUGAAGUAUGUCUGGCAAGCCAACCCAAACCGAGAUGAGCCCUGGUACAACCAGAAAACUGAGACUGAGAGGCAACGGCAUGUAUUAAUCCGGGCAUUCACAGAUUUCCUUGCCUUCAUGGUUCUGUUCAACUACAUCAUUCCUGUGUCCAUGUAUGUGACUGUGGAGAUGCAGAAGUUCCUUGGCUCGUACUUCAUCCUGUGGGACGAUGACAUGUUUGAUGAGGAGCUCGGAGAGGGACCGCUCGUCAAUACCUCAGAUCUUAAUGAAGAACUUGGACAGGUGGAAUAUGUCUUCACAGACAAGACUGGCACUUUGACAGAAAACAACAUGGAGUUGAGGGAGUGUUGUGUGGAUGGGCAUGUUUAUGUGCCACAUGCCAUCUGUAACGGGCAGAUUCUACCUGGAGCUGCUGGAAUGGAUAUGAUCGACUCCUCUCCGGGCCUAGAUGGAAAGGAGCGAGAGGAGCUGUUUUUCCGUGCACUGUGCCUCUGUCACACAGUCCAGGUGAAGGAAGAGGAGACAGUGGAUGGCAUUAAGAGAGGAAUCUAUCAGGGCAAAUCCACCUCCUUCUACAUCUCCUCCUCUCCAGAUGAGGUUGCACUGGUGGAGGGCAUGAAAAGGUUGGGCUUCACCUAUCUCCGUCUGAAGGACAGUCACAUGGAGAUCCUUAACAGACAGGAUGAGAUGGAGAGAUUUGAGCUGUUGGAGGUGUUGAACUUUGAUUCAGUGAGGAGGAGAAUGAGUGUUAUUGUAAGAUCGAGCUCAGGAGAGUACUAUUUGUUCUGUAAAGGUGCAGAUUCUUCUGUUUUCCCACGGGUGGUUUCUGGAAAGUUGGAGCAGGUCAGAGCGCGAGUAGAGCACAACGCUGUGGAGGGCUUACGGACUCUUUGUGUGGCUUAUAAGAAGCUGACUCAUGAGGAGUAUGAGGAAACAUGCCAUCUCCUCAACAGCGCUAAACUAGCUCUGCGGGAGCGCGACAAGAAACUGGCUGAAGCUUAUGAUGUCAUUGAAAAGGAUUUCAUCCUGCUGGGAGCCACGGCUGUGGAAGAUAGGCUGCAGGAUAAAGCAGCCGACACCAUUGAGUCCCUGCACAAGGCUGGUAUGAAGGUUUGGGUCCUCACAGGGGACAAAAUGGAGACAGCAGCAGCCACGUGCUAUGCUAGCAAGUUGUUCCAUCGCAAUACACAGAUCCUGGAACUGACAACCAAGCGGACAGAGGAGCAGAGUCUCCAUGACGUCUUGUUUGAUCUGAGCAGAACUGUCCUGAGACAGCAUGGCAGCAUGACCAGGGACAUUUUUUCAGGGCUCUCAGAUGAUUACCAAGACUAUGGUCUGAUAAUCGAUGGGGCAACACUGUCAGCUGUACUGAAACCAACACAGGAAGGAACCAGCAACGGAGGGAACUACAAGGAGAUUUUCCUGGAAAUCUGCAGGAACUGCAGCGCUGUUCUCUGCUGUCGCAUGGCACCCUUACAAAAAGCACAGAUUGUUAAGCUGAUAAAAGCAUCAAAAGAACACCCCAUCACGCUGGCCAUCGGGGACGGAGCCAAUGAUGUCAGUAUGAUUCUGGAAGCUCACGUGGGCAUAGGGAUCAUGGGUAAAGAGGGGCGUCAGGCGGCCCGUAACAGCGACUAUGCAAUUACCAAGUUCAAACACCUGAAGAAGAUGCUGCUGGUUCACGGGCACUACUACUACAUCAGAAUCGCUGAGCUGGUCCAGUACUUCUUCUAUAAGAAUGUGUGCUUCAUCUUCCCUCAGUUUCUCUAUCAGUUCUUCUGUGGGUUCUCUCAGCAGCCACUGUAUGACACAGCAUAUCUGACCCUGUACAAUAUCAGCUUCACCUCAUUACCCAUCCUCCUCUACAGUCUGAUGGAGCAGCACAUCAACAUGGACAUCCUCAAACGGGACCCUUCUCUCUACAGAGAUAUUGCCAAGAAUUCCCUCCUGAGAUGGCCCACUUUCAUCUACUGGACAUUUCUGGGGGUUUUUGAUGCCAUGGUCUUCUUCUUUGGUGCUUUCUUCCUUUUUGACAACACAACCUUCACCAGCAACGGACAGCUAAUGGCCACCAACACACAGAUGGUAAGCCUGUCCCUAUCUGUUUCUCAUCCUAUUUUUAGUUUUAGUUUUACUGUUACCCUCCUCAGCCCCUCCCCUCACCCUAAAGCCACUCCCACUCACAUAGUGUCUACUAACACUAACCGUUCACUGCCAUCGUGGCUCUCAAACAGUAGCGUACGACAUCCCAGUGUCCCCUGUACUGAGGACCAGCCACUGUAGGUAUAGAAUAGCAAGUCCCCCGUUCAUCUUCCUCUGUCUAUCAUCUUGUGAUCGAGUAGGAGUUUGUGUCCGUCCCGUGUGUCAUGUUGCGACUGUGUUUUUUGCAAUCCCCCGAGUUGGAGGGGUGUUGUCAUCCUCAUCCUCAUCGGCCCGUAGGAUACACAUCCAUCCUCUCAUGACUCACUGCAAGGGCAAAUGAAUGAACAAGAGGACACGUGGAUAAAACAUUUCACUUUGUUUGGUACAGUACAUGUUGAAUUGAAGAGAAUCUAUUCCGAAACUUUUAAUUUAAAAGAGAAGCUGGAGGCCUUUUCCACAAAUAAGGUAUACUUUAGUGAC